UAAUACAACAUCUCCUCCAUUCAAACAAUUUCAAAUUUCAAAACAACCUAACCAACAUAGAGAGAGAGGAAAGUAAUGGACAAAAAACAAACCCCGUUUUCCAUUUCUCAUGCAAACCCUAAUUUCGUUGACAUUCACGAAGUAGUUCUAGAAGAGGACGAGGAAGAGAAGGAAGAAGAAGAACAACAACAACACAACGCUCGGCCAACAAUGACAUCAGCUGAUGGGGUUGAGAAGCGGUUGAAGAAACACAACAACAGUAAUCGGCUACGGCCACCACCGCCACCGCCACCGCGAUCGACGGGGAGUUUUGGACGACAGAUGUCGCUGGAAACGGGUUUGAAUAGGGUUUCAAAAGGGAAGGGAAUUGAGAGAAUGGCUCUUCCCAGGAGUGGAAGAAGUUUUGGAGGGUUUGAUUCAACAAUAAUUGAAGGGAAGAAAGGUGAUUUUAGUAUGUUUAGAACAAAAUCAACUCUUAGUAAGCAAAACUCUCUAUUGCCAUUGAAGAAAGAUCAUCAAAUGGAUCAAAGUAGUGAAGGAAGGGAUGAAUCUGAGAAUAAAAGUGUUCCUGUUGGAAGAUAUUUUGCUGCUCUUAGAGGACCUGAACUUGAUCAAGUCAAGGACUACGAAGACAUUCUACUCCCUAAAGACGAAAAAUGGCCAUUCCUUCUCCGAUUCCCGAUCGGAUGCUAUGGUAUCUGCCUCGGUCUCAGCAGCCAGGCUGUGUUGUGGCGGGCUCUCUCAACGAGCCCCGCCACGGAGUUCCUUCACAUUUCCCCAUUCAUCAAUCUUGCCAUUUGGCUCUUGGCCACAGCUGCCCUUUGCUCAGUUACAUUUGCUUACGUUCUCAAAUGCAUCUUCUACUUUGAAGCUGUUAGAAGAGAGUAUUUCCACCCUGUUCGUGUUAACUUCUUCUUUGCUCCUUGGGUCGUCUGCAUGUUCCUUGCCAUCAGCGUCCCGCCCCGGUUUGUGUCCGGGCCGCUUCACCCUGCUGUUUGGUGUGCCUUCAUGGGCCCAUACUUCUUGCUCGAGCUUAAGAUUUACGGUCAAUGGCUAUCCGGUGGAAAACGUCGCCUUUGUAAGGUGGUGAACCCGUCGUCGCACUUGUCGGUGGUCGGGAACUUCGUAGGGGCUAUACUAGCAGCGAAAUGUGGAUGGUUGGAGGCAGCAAAGUUCUUAUGGUCAGUUGGGUUUGCACAUUAUUUAGUAGUGUUUGUGACACUUUAUCAAAGGCUGCCGACGAGUGAGGCAUUGCCAAAGGAACUGCAUCCUGUUUACUCAAUGUUCAUAGCUGCCCCUUCUGCAGCCAGCAUUGCUUGGCAGACCAUUUAUGAUGACUUUGAUGGCUUAUCAAGAACUUGCUUCUUCAUUGCUUUGUUUCUCUACAUUUCUCUUGUUGUUAGGAUCAACUUCUUCACUGGAUUCAGAUUUUCAGUAGCUUGGUGGUCUUACACAUUUCCAAUGACAACAGCUUCAGUAGCAACCAUAAAGUAUGCAGAGCAUGUCCCUACAGUUGUAAGUAAAGGUUUAGCACUUACCCUUUCUUUCAUGUCCUCUACUAUGGUGUCUCUUCUCUUUGUCUCCACUCUUCUUCAUGCUUUUUUUUGGAAGACACUGUUCCCCAAUGACCUGGCCAUUGCUAUCACAAAGAAGAGACUUAUCAAGGACAGAAGACCAUUCAAAAAGGCUUAUGACCUUAAACGCUGGACAAAGCAAGCUCUUACCAAACAUAACAACAAUAAAGAUGAUUUUGAUGCACAACAAACAUCAUAAUGAGCCAUUUUGAAACUCUUCCUCCUCCCUACACAAAUAUGCCUCAGCCAGUUCAUCAAUAUAUAUAAAUGUAUACACCAGUGUUUCCACGACUGGUUUAAUGAUUCGAAGAUUGAUUCUAGCAAGUUUUAAACACGAGUGUAACUGUGAAGAUGAAGCUGUGUAUCUAUAUUUUUUCAAGUUGCAAACAAUACAUUUACGAGGGGUACAAAGAAGGGGGGGAUGAGGGCUAUACAUAUUCAGAAAACUUGCAUACUUUUAUUUGGAUUUGGAUACAAGUUGGGGGAACAUAAGGAGUUGGGGGUUAGAUAAAUCUAGAGAAACAACUGUUUGACAACUUUUCCUGUACUAUUAUGGACUUCAAUUGAUUUCUAUGAAGAAAAAAUAGCUCGACAACCUUUUCUGUA